CCUUUACUUCGCAGGUUUUUAGUUAGGUGCAGUUGAUAUGAAUCUGGCUGGGAGUCCCAAAGACUCAGAACUGAACAUAGACGUUCAUAUCGACCUAACACAGUUUUAGUUUUUAUUUCAUUUUUGUCUCAUAUUUUUUUUUUUUACAUUAGCUGUACAUUUGUGUAUAUAGAUAUUAUUUUAUAUUUUUAUACAAGUCAACAAGAUGGAACUUAAUUCUCUUUUAAUUCUCCUGGAGGCUGCAGAAUACUUGGAAAGAAGAGACAGAGAAGCAGAACAUGGUUACGCGUCUGUUUUACCGUACAAUAGCGACUUUUCCCGAAAGAAAACGAAAGCUUCACCAAUUUCAAGAAAAACUCAGAACAAUAGAUCGUCACACAACGAGCUGGAGAAACACAGACGUGCCAAACUACGGCUGUACCUUGAGCAGCUGAAGGAGCUGGUUCCUUUGGGUCCGGACAGCACUAGACACACCACACUGAGCCUGCUGAAAAGGGCCAAGAUGCACAUCAAGAAGCUGGAGGAGGCGGACAGAAAGGCUCUGAACACCAAAGAGCAGCUCCAGAGAGAGCACCGCUACCUCAAACGACGUCUGGAACAGCUGGUGAUGCCUGGAGGCGUGGAACGUACCCGAACCGACAGCCUAGGCUCCACCAUCUCCACCGACUCAGAGCAAGGUACGCUGGGACACCCGCAUGACACACGACAUACAAGGUACUCAGAGCAAGGUACGCUGGGAUAUACCUAUGACACAUGACAUACAAGGUACUCA